AUGACCGUGGAUAGUCAACCAGCUGAUGGUACCGAUGACUUCAAGUUUUUCGGUCUUGGAGGCUGUAAUGAGGUAGGGAGGUCUUGUCAUAUAAUUGAAUAUAAAAACAAAGUCAUUAUGUUAGAUGCUGGUGUUCAUCCAGGUUUACAAGGAUUAAGUUCAUUGCCGUUCUAUGAUGAGUAUGAUUUAUCCAAGGUUGACAUCUUGCUAGUUAGUCAUUUUCAUUUAGAUCAUGCUGCAUCAUUACCAUAUGUUAUGCAACAUACGAACUUCAACGGACGAGUUUUCAUGACACAUGCGACGAAAGCUAUAUAUCGUUGGUUAUUAUCAGAUUUCGUGAAAGUUACUUCGAUUGGAGGAGGUAGUGAUGCAAGACUCAAUAACUCAGAUCCUAAUGCAAAUACUGGAUCAAGUAAUUUAUAUACAGAUGAUGAUUUGAUGAGAUCCUUUGAUAGAAUUGAGACCAUUGAUUACCACUCUACAAUCGAGCUUGAUGGUAUAAGGUUCACUGCUUACCAUGCUGGUCAUGUAUUGGGUGCAUGCAUGUAUUUCAUUGAAAUUGGUGGUUUGAAAGUAUUGUUUACGGGUGAUUAUUCUAGUGAAGAAGAUAGACAUUUGCAAGUUGCGGAAGUACCACCUAUAAAACCAGAUAUCUUGAUUACAGAAUCUACGUUUGGUACAGCUACGCAUGAGCCAAGAUUGGAAAAAGAGACUAGAAUGACAAAUAUUAUUCAUUCUACGUUAUUAAAAGGAGGUAGAAUCCUAAUGCCAGUAUUUGCAUUGGGAAGAGCACAAGAAUUAUUAUUGAUUUUAGAAGAAUAUUGGUCUCUAAAUGAUGAUUUACAAAACAUAAAUAUAUAUUAUGCCUCUUCUUUAGCAAGAAAAUGUAUGGCUGUAUAUCAGACUUACACGAAUAUCAUGAAUGAUAGUAUUCGUCUCACAACUUCAGCAACCAAUUCAAGCAAAAAACAAAAUCCCUUCCAAUUUAAAUUUAUCAAAUCCAUAAAAAACUUAGAUAAGUUUCAAGAUUUUGGACCUUGUGUUGUUGUAGCCUCCCCGGGUAUGUUACAGAACGGUGUUUCUAGAGAACUUUUAGAAAGGUGGGCGCCUGAUCCUAAGAAUGCAGUCAUAAUGACAGGUUACUCGGUUGAGGGAACAAUGGCGAAAGAUUUAUUAACUGAACCUCAUACUAUCCAAUCUGCAAUGAAUUCUGAUAUGACUAUUCCCCGUCGUUUAAGUAUCGAAGAGAUUUCAUUUGCUGCACAUGUUGAUUUUCAACAAAAUGCAAGCUUCAUAGAAAAAGUCAACCCGCUGAAGAUCAUAUUGGUACAUGGGGAAAGUAAUCCUAUGGGUAGGUUGAAGUCUGCAUUAUUGAGUAAAUAUGCUUCACGUAAGGGAACAGAACAGGAAGUUAAGGUUUUCAAUCCUCGGAAUUGUGAUGAAGUGACAAUUGGUAUUAAAGGCUUAAAGGUGGCGAAGGUAUUAGGUACAUUGGCUGAAGAGCAAUUGUCAUACUUGAAGAAAGAAAUUAGCACUCAAAUUAAGAAAGAUAAUGUUAAAAUAGAGGAGUUAUCAGAUGAUAACAUGGAUAAAGAAACAAUGCCAGAAUCAGAUGAGAAAGCUGAUAAGGAAUCUGAAGAUACAAAGAACGAUAUUGAUAAAAACAAUGAUGAAAAUGCUAAUGAAAAAAAUAUAAUAAGUACUGGAAAGGCAUUAUCAGGUGUUCUUGUUUCUAAAGAUUUUGAUUUGAAUCUUCUUCAAUUACAAGAUUUGCAUGAAUUUACUCAAUUAUCUACUUCGAUUGUUAAGUCUAAGAUUAAUUUGAAGAUAAAUGCUGAUAUUUCCUUAAUGAAAUGGCACUUGGAGCAAAUGUUUGGGUUUAUCAGUAUAUUGGCAGAUGAUGAAGAAACAUGGGAGUGUGUGAUCAUGGAUAUGAUUGAUAUUUCUGUUGAAAAGAAUAAUUCUCAAAGUGCUGGAGGUUUAUUGAUAAAUGUUGAAUGGGUUAACGACAAUUUGAUGGCUGAUUCCUUGGCUGACAGUGUGAUAGCUAUAUUAUAUUCUAUUGACUCUUCUCCUGCAUCUGUUAAAUUGACUUCUAAGAGUUGUUCUCAUUCCCACAAUAAGGUCAAAGAGGAAGUUGAUGAUGAUGCAAUGAUUGAAUCAACACCCCCACCCGAAAAAAAUGCACACGCAAACUCAGAAAUAUCAAGCCGUAUUCACCGUAUUACCUCUUUGUUAAAAGCCCAAUUUGGUGAUUCUUUAAAGACUGCUGCUGGUGAGGAGGGUAAAAAGGCUACAAUUGUAAUUGGUAAAAAUGAAGCUAAAAUUGAUUACUUGAAUCUUACUGUUGAUUGUAACUCUAGAGUUUUGCGAGACCGUAUUGAGAAUAUCAUCAAAAGAGGUUGUGGAUUGGCUGCUCCAUUAAGUCAGUACGAGAAGACUACGUAA